AUGGCCCUGUGUGAUAAGACAGUGCAGCCGGAAGUUGCAGAAGUGCAACUUGACAGUGGCCAUGACUCUCGAAUCACACCGAAGGCUCCCGUUGUCACCAAAUCGUCGGCUGAACACCGCCAGCAGGAGGGCACAUCUUCAAUAGGACAAGCAAUCACAACAUCUGGAGAUACUAAGGCCGAUGCUCCGGUGCCCGGGAAAAUCGAGGCGGCAGACCUUCAGGAUGCCCGUGCUCACAAGAGCAAUGGCAAGAAUGGUUUGACGAAAGUCGACGUUCAAGGUCUGUUCUCUGGAGCUCCGCAGUAUACGCUUGAAAAGGGCCGAAGAGGCCGUUACUUCCCUCAGGCCUUCUUUCCAUGGAAUAAUGACCUUGACAUUUCUGAUCUCCAAGAUCGGAGAUACCUUCGCCACGAAAGCUUUGCACUUUCAACGCUUCAUGCCCACCUUCCUAUUCCGAAUGAAGUCGAAUGGAAACCUGGUAUGAUGCCCCCCGUGCAGACAAGUGAAAGACUUGAGACGAAUAAGCGACCUAUGUUUGAACUCGGCAUCUUUGAACGACCCAACAUGCUUGGUCUUGAAGGUAAAGAACCUGGUACGGUCGGCAUGAGAUACUUUCUUGAGCGCCCGGUCGCGGAUGGGCUGCAAGAUGAGAACAUCAAGGAACAUGGCAAGGAUGUUGAACUGGACCUCGCUUUGUCCCAUGUCCCAGCAAUGGAGGCUUUCAAGAUGCUUGCUGUGGGUAGGGGGAAUGAAGAAAUGGAUGCUAAAAUUGGGAAGCACGCACCAGCUCUGGACCGGGCCAAGCUUAUAAAAGGUGGAUCACACGCUUGGAAAGCUGCAGGAGUCAGAGAUCUAAACAUGGGGACGAUAGCAGAUCGAUUUGAAGUGAUCCAGCACUGGCGAGACCACGUUCUCAAUGCUGGUUGGCGAACAACAGUCCUCGAUCACAUCACCUCGGCCGAACUACAUGAGCACUUAUUUUCUGAGGUACUCUAUCCACCGAGAAAGGUUAGCCAUGACACCAAACAUGAGCAUGCUGGUCUCAAGAUUCAAAUCGAGGCACUGGUGAAAGUGCUCACUACGCCAGGCGCUUGGCUUGACUUGAGUAUCCCAGAAGCCAGGCUUCGACUUGGGAAGAUCUUGCAUGGUAACACCACGCACUAUAGCCACGAAACCGGGACUUUCUGCGUUGAACCUGAGCGAAAAUGGGCUUUGGUCCAGCUCUUGCUAGCUGUCGAGCUAGUAAUUCGAUUAGAUGCCGCAUUAAGGCUUGGUGUCGCACAGCACUCCGAGUCUUUCGAAUUGAAUAGUGAUGAGAUACAUCAUUUUAACAAACUUCGCAAUCUCAAAGUCGACUGGGACCUUGUACUAGCGAGAAGGUUUAUCACUUUGAGUACUAUCAAGAAAAUUGAAAAGAAAGGCAACGCAGAUCAAGGGGCUACAAGACCUACGCUGCAACAAAAGUCCCCAGAGCCUCAUACAAGCUUUAUAGGAAAGUUCUUCUCGCAUAAUGAGGACAACAAACGAUCGGAUGCAAAGGUCGUACAUGAUCUUUGCGAUGUGACGAUCCUCCCACGACAAGCGCAAGUGAUGGUCGGUGGUUUGAUACGGUUUGCUAGCAAUAUCGGUUGGCCUCGCACUCUUGAAAUACAGGAACAAUUACGCCGAAAGCUGUGUCAAACGGAGGUGGAUGAAAGAGACAAAUUUUUGAUGGACGCGGUCUCUUGCGUGGACAUCUCGGAAAGGGCCAACAACCAACCACUGGGAAAUGUAACACGACCACUGGGCAACUUUUAUGUGGAUCUGCAGGCGUCCACCCCAACAACUGUGGGUGGUUGGCUUUCUCAUAGCUGGCUGUCAGGUCUCAUCCUGCCUGGAAGUUCCAUCUGUGACAUGUUGAUGGCUACGCUCCUGGAGAAUGACACAGAUCCAAAUACUAUCACAAAACUCGAUUGUCACGGAACGCAUCCACUUCGCGGCUCUGGAUUUGUUCUCGAUGGUAGCAGUUGGUGGUCGAAAUCUUGCAUUGUUGGCCGGGUCCUGGCCCCGAUGCAUGGCGCGAAGGAAUCCAUGGGUUGGAUAUCUGCCCCAAAUGUCGUGCCACUGUACGAUUCAACCAAGAAACCGCUUUCCGAUCGUUGGGUCAAGAUCAAAACAUACCCAGUUCCAACUACAAGACAAAGACCACGGAUAUUUGACGGCGAGAAGAUUGCGAUUGAAAGCACACCGCUUGGAAUGGGCAAAGGGGGCAUUCAUGGCGCCGAGUUCAGUAUGGUGACGGAUCACAUUCUCGACGACGAGACAAAGCCCAAAUUGGACGUGAAGGACAUCACCAUACACCUCUCAUCCAGUGAUGCUCCCGAUUCAAGUCCAAGCCAUCCGCUGGCAGCAUGGAUACAGUUUGAAUUGACGUUGACUCCGCCGACCAAUGUGCAAGACUCUCCGCGGCCAGAGGUCAUUACAAAGCGCGUACGCUAUGGUCUUAGCCGAGCUGUAUAUUUCAUUACUGCGUUCCCGUGCCGGUUGCCUCACGGACAUGCCACUUUUGCACCUGGAUCAGCCGAUGCAGACUAUGAACAGUAUCGACAGCCACCGAAGCACAAGUCUCAUGAGCAUAUCCCUGCUCAUCCACUCCACAAGACAUACAAAUUCGCAACGAAGACGCUUUCAGAUCUGGUAGGCGAUGGUAGCGGUGGUGCGGGCGCAGACGCCGUGAGCGGAGUCGAGCCCCCGAACCCUUGCCUGAGCCAUGACUCAGAAGUCUGGGUGAUUGAUGCGCGGUCUCUACCUGUGCACAGCAGCCACCAGAGCGGUAGCCAUUCUGAAGCCCACUAUCUCUCAAACUUCUACUCGAACGGAUCCGCAAGCACCCCAGCCUCACCCAGUCUCGUAGAGGCCGGUGGCGAAGCGACCCUGGAUUCAACAAUGCACUCACAGCUAUGGACAAGAGAUAUUCUGGUGCGGAGCUGGUGCGCAGAGAAAGGCCGCAACGCACUCAUUGCCCGCGUGGGUCGCACGUGCCUUUCCUGCGCAAUCAGAGAGGCGAAGGCCCUGGAGAUCAGUGUCGUCAUUAGAGUGGGAAUGAUGGAAUGA